AUGGAAUAUUUCGACUUCGAGGGGGCUUCGUCGACCCAUGAAUCGAAUCAUCCAAGUGAUGAUGUAGCGUCGAUUGAUCGCCAGUUCGAUGAUCCUGAAGAGAGGGAAGCCGAGUUUGACUCACUCCUCGAGGACCAGCCUCUAGACUUCCCCAAUGAGCCGCUGGUCCCGGAGACGGCCGAACAAGACCCAAAGGCCGUGGUUCCCGAUCAGGAUACCGGAGUAUUCCCAUGUUCCGAGCCCAAGAGCCCUGCGACUUCUGCCGGCAAAUGGGGUUCGAUUGCGUUGUUGCCAAACGGGGAAUCAUGUACCAGAACGGCUGGCAAGUUCCUCAACACAUUGCACACGGUAUCUGAGAACGCCUAUAUCCCCACAGGCAGCCUGACUGGGAAACGAGCCCUCAAGUCUGUCUCGUUCUCACGCAAGGCCAUCAACAUUUUGAAGGCCUGGGUCCGUGACCAUAGCGAAAGCCCUUACCCCAAUGAGGACCAAAAAGAAGAAUUGAAGCAGAAGACGGGCCUGAAUAAAACGCAAAUCUCUAACUGGCUCGCCAACGCUCGUCGCCGCGGCAAGCACUCUCCUCCUGAAAACGAACCUGCCACGAUGAACGAUAUUACCCGGGCCCUGAAGAACCCACCGUUCGAUCCCUCACGUCAACGCCCAGUGCAGAUGAGUCACGUGAGGCCGAGACUGGGGGACAAUGACUCAAGCCACGCAAGCUCAGACAAUAAAAGAUAUACUGCCUCGGCCAGCAGUUUUGAUACUAGUCAUUCAUCCCUGUCUGAUCUCUCCUUUGCCUCUGCCUUCUCUCAUCGAUCCUCGUCGGGGUCCUUUGGCUCAAUGGAUCGAAAAGAGCGCCGCCGGCGCCGUAAAGUAUCGGCUCCAGUUAAUACUUUCAAUCAACAAAAGGCUCGAGCAUCUCGUCCUUUCCAAUGCACAUUUUGUACAGACUCUUUUGCCUCAAAAUACGACUGGCAACGUCAUGAGAAAUCAAUGCAUCUGAUCUUAGACAUGUGGACCUGUUCUCCUCACGGGGGCGUCACGGAAGAAAGUGGUACGCUACGAUGCGUCUUUUGCUUCAUUCCUAAUCCAGAUAAAGACCAUUUGGAAACGCACAACUACAUCAGUUGUCAAGAAAAGUCAAUCCAAGAGAGAACAUUUUACCGGAAAGAUCAUCUCAACCAGCACCUUCGGCUGAUGCAUGAUGCCAAGUUCCAGCCCUGCAUGGAGAUAUGGCAAAGCAGUAUCACGGAAAUGAAGUCCCGCUGUGGUUUCUGUGGCGCCCUUUUACACACAUGGAAAGACCGUGUGGAUCACCUCGCUGUCCAUUUCAAGAACGGCGCCAACAUGUCGCAGUGGCAGGGGGAUUGGGGCUUCGAGCCCUACAUUCUCGAACGCGUCGAAAACGCAAUCCCGCCGUACUUGAUUGAUUACGAGUGGCGAUCACUCAAUCCAUGGACUACUGUUCAGUCCCAGGGGGAUGGGACGACCUCAAGGUUACCAGUCCCCAGUGAUGCCAAUUGCUACCAACGCCUGACGCAAGAGCUCGCUGUAUACAUUCGCAACCAAACAGCCCAAGGGAUUGUUCCAACAGACCAGAUGCUGCAGGCAGAAGCCCGUCGUGUGAUCUAUGCGGGCGACGAUGAUCCCUGGAAUCAAACCUGCGCCGAUAAUCCUGUUUGGUUAAACAUCCUCAAGCGCCAGAAUGGGCUGCCGUCAUCAGCUGAACUUGACAAUAUGCAGUUCACCGAUUUGGCCUUACAACCCCCGUAUGCGGGCCACACCGGGCUGCAAAGCCCCCCCUCAGGAGCCCAAUAUGUUUGCACGACCCGGCAUGCCCGGCCCCAGCCGCAGUUCCGCGGCUCCCAGCCCUGGCAUACAGAGUCCCAUGUAUCCAGCCACGGGCUUUUCGUCUGCUGGCCCCAGCCGGGCAGACAGCCUAUCUGGAAGUUACGCUGUAGUCUGACGGGCGACGCUUCGGCCUCUUCUGCGCCGGUGCCUGGGGCGGUAGACCCACUAGUUCAAAUGGGCUUCGAUCCAGAAUUCCUGCAGCGCCUCAAUGAUAGCUACAGUGAUUUGACGCCACCCGAGAUGGAAGGGCUUGUUAUUGACCAGCCAGAGACAUAUGGGGGCAAAGGGAAGGAGAGGUGGGUGGAUCCGCCGUCACAGUCGCAGCCUGUGUUGGGGCUGCCUACACCUGACGCUAUCCCCAUUUUUCAUUCCAAGGAGACCGGGCCUCCUGUGUCAGAUGAUACGCCGCCGGGCAUGCCUGCAUUUCGCGAUAACACGAGUAAUUUCUGA